AUGCAGGAUUUUUCUUCUACGGAGUCGUUUAGCCCCAGCUUCAGUUUCUACGUCUCCGGUGACGGUGACAUCGUCGAAGCCGCCGUUAGAGUUGUCCGUGAGUCCCAGAGUUAUUAUUCCGUUAAAGUUGACGGCGACUACGACACGGAAUUCGAGUUCGAAACAUCACCGUUACGCGAAGAGAGCUUCUUCCAUUUCCCGACGACGACGACUACUUUAAAGCGCUCAUCCGACGACGAUGACGUGGCAUCCGAUCACGUCACCUCGAAGAAUAUUUUCGAUGGCGGAUGGAAUAUUGAUCAGUCUCUGUCUUCCCCGUCGCAAUCGCAUUCAUCGUCGUCGGAGUCUGACGAUUUUGAUAACCUCUCCCCCAGCAGAUUCUACUGUUUCUGGAGCCCGAUCAGAUCUCCGGCGAGAGACGAUAAGUCGAAGACGAGUAAAUCUUCGAGUACACCGACACGGUCCCGUUUUAAGGAUCUAUUGAGGAGAUGCCACAGCGACGGAGCCGUUUCGACCAACAACGCACCCAAACGAUGCCGUUUCAGGGAUCUUCUGAGAAGAAGCCACAGUGACGGCGGCGGCGUGUCCUCGAUCUCGCCGAGCGGAAAUGGAUCACCGGUAGUGGAUGGGAAGAAGAAAACGGCGUUGUAUAAGCCUGAAGUGGAUAAGAGAAGAAAGUCUUACUUACCUUACAGGCAAGACUUGAUCGGCGUUUUCGCCGGAAUGAGCAGAUUCCGUUACUAA